GGUAUCGCCUGACUCUCUAUUCCCCUGCAGAGCUGAUAAAUAAAGUGUUUACAAGAUGAAGGGUAUCUUUGAGACUCUUAUCUUUCGCACCCAAAUGUCUCUCGAUGACCAUAAUCUGCCUCCGAGAGGCAAGAGCAGGAUCAAAGAAUAGUGAGAAAGAAUCAUGGAAUCGCUGCAAUUCGACAAUGAUGAUCAGGAGAAAGCGUGCCAUGAUCUCUUGAAGGAGUUAUCCGAAGCAGAGGUGGAAGCAGCAGCGUUGACGUCGUUUCACUACGCUCUGGUAGCUGCCAAGGAAGCCAACUCUCCGAGUACCGAAGGAAAAAAUACCCAACAGAAGACCCAGUGCGCUCUUCGUAUGAUCCGUCGACACUUGGUUGCUCAAAAGAACAACCGAGAGGAUGCUAUGAAGAGCGUGCAUGAAACGUUGGAGUUUCGCAAUACGAACCGAGUCAAUGACAUUCGAUCCGUCAACUUGAAAGCCAAAGGCGCGGAAGAUGAUGACCCCUUUCUGAACCCAAUUCGGGACGCCAUCAUCGCCGAUGCGGUACCCAAACCCAAAAUGAUUGUCCGCGGAAACGACAAUGAAGGGCGAGCUACGUUGAUCAAGUUUCAGAAUUCCAGAUUUGUUCUGCGAGACAAUCCCGAUCUGUUCAUACAAGUGCAAAUCUAUUGGGUGGAGCGGGCCAUUGCCUGCAGCGAACGUCACGGGCAAGAAAAAAUCAAUCUGGUCAUGGAUUACACGGGGUACUCGAGAGACAACAAACCACCUGUUUCGUUGCUACGCAGAUUCAUUACCACCCUGCAAUCACAUUACCCCGAACGACUCCAUUUGAUGGUUGGCUGUGAUCCCACCCUGCUGCUCAGGUCCAUUUGGAGUGUCGUUUCGUGGUUUGUGGAUCCUGAUACACGGGAGAAAAUCAUGUUCGUGUCGGGAAAGGAAGCCAAGAUGCAGCAAGUAUUCAAACACUACGAACCCGAGCAGGCCAUGGCGUUUCUCUUACCUUCGGGAACCUUGGGGUUGGUCAAGGAAGAUGAACUGCGCAAGUUCAUCUUUGAAUACAGGUUGGAUCAAAAUUAUGAUGGGCACUAGUCUAGCUGGAUAGGUAACGCCUUCAUACCUACCAACUCUAUCGACGAUCUCGCCAUAGUCUACGCUGCACUGUGGCUACAUGUAUGUUGGCAGCUUCACAUUCAAUGGGGCUUCUAAACUUUGAAAACUUGUGCUUUACACCAAAGCAAGAGCAACACGGGGUUCCGGUGGGCUUAUCAGUUCUUUUGUCUCGUUCAGUGUACACCCCUGAUAGUUUUUUAUAUAUGAUAGAUUAUCACACGUUUU